CAAAAAGCAUGAGUUCCAGCCAGACUUCACUGCAAGUGAAACAUCAGAGACUUAAAAGACAGAAGAAACCUUCCAAGUGUAGUGAAUGUGGAAAGUUUUUUACUCAGAGAUCAUCUCUUACCCAGCAUCAGAAGAUUCACACAGGAGAGAAACCCUAUGUAUGUACUGAAUGUGGAACUUGUUUCCGGAAACGGUCAAAUCUUACUCAACAUCUGAGGAUUCAUACGGGAGAGAAACCUUAUAAAUGUAAUGAAUGUGAGAAAACCUUUCAAACAAAAGCAGUCCUUGUCCAGCAUCUGAGAAUUCAUACUGGGGAGAAACCCUAUAAAUGCAAUGAAUGUGGCAAAGCCUUUUGUCAGAGUCCAUCCCUUGUUAAACACCUGAGAAUUCAUACUGGAGAGAAGCCCUAUAAAUGCAGUGAGUGUGGCAAAGCCUUCAGUCAGAGAAUAUGCCUUACUCGUCAUCAGAGAAGUCAUUCUGGAGAUAGACCUUAUAAGUGUAAUGACUGUGGGAAAGCCUUUAAUCAGAGUGCGUGCCUCAGGCAGCAUCAGAGAAUCCACUCAGGAGAGAAGCCCUACACAUGUACCAAAUGUGGUAAAGCCUUCACUCAGAACUCUUCCCUUGUUGAACAUGAGAGAACUCACACUGGAGAGAAACUUUUUAAGUGUAGUGAGUGUGAAAAAACCUUCCGCAAGCAAGCACACCUUAGUGAACAUUACAGAAUUCACACUGGAGAGAAAGCUUAUGAAUGUGCUAACUGUGGGAAAUCCUUCAGGCACAGCUCAGCGCUUGCUCGACAUCAGAGGCUUCAUGCUGGGGAAUAA